UUUAUUUUCAAAUUGAAGUAGCUUUACAUGCUGAUGUCAAACGAAGUCUGACAACUCACACGUCUCAUCCCACGUUUAAGGGACUUUUUAGGCAAACUCGACCAUAAGGACAACCUUAUACUAUAGAAACACACAUAAGAGAUGGCCAGCCCAAGAACCAGACGUGUGCUGAAGGAUUUGAAGCUUAAAGAUGACAACAGUACCUGCUUUGAAUGUGGAGGACACAAUCCCCAAUGGGUCAGUGUGACAUAUGGAAUAUGGAUCUGUUUAGAAUGUUCAGGCAAACACAGAGGACUAGGUGUACAUUUAAGUUUUGUAAGGUCUGUUUCAAUGGAUAAAUGGAAAGAUAUUGAGUUAGAAAAGAUGAAAGCUGGUGGAAACAGAAAUGCCAAAAACUUCUUCAAAUCCCAAUCAGAUUAUGAUCCUGGUAUGACUCUACAAGAGAAAUACAAUUCUAAAGCAGCAGCAUUGUAUAGAGAUAAGAUUUUGUCAGAGGCUGAAGGAAAACCAUGGAGUAUAGAAACUUCAUCUGCUAGGAAUUAUGUUGCAUAUAAACCAUCAGCUGGUCUGAAGACGUCGUCUAGUUCAUCAAGUUUCAGUAACAAACCUACCAACACUUCAAAAUAUUCUGAUGACUUUACUGAUAAUAGCUAUCAAGAUGGAAAUGUCAAUUUACAAAGUGAGGAGUUUAAAAAGCAGAAAGAAGAUUAUUUUAAUAGAAUGCAAGCAGACAAUGCCAGCAGACCUGAAAAUCUUCCUCCUAGCCAAGGAGGGAAAUAUGUAGGAUUUGGAAGUACACCUAUGUCUGAUAAAAAAGAUGAUGAUUUCUUCGACAACACUUUAUCAUCUCUGAGCUCAGGAUGGUCAACGUUUGCAUUGGGAGCCACUAAGUUUGCCUCAGUAGCUUCAGAAAAGGCCACAAAAGUAGCAUCUGCUGCAACAAAGAAGACAAAAGAAUUAGGUCAAACUGUAAAUGACAGCGUUAUAAAACCAACCAAAGAAAAGGUUCAAGAAGGCACAUUACUUGAUGGUAUAUCAUCAUCUGUGUCAGGGUUAGCUAGUAAAGUGAAGGAAGGUUCUUUGAUGAAUGACGUUGGAUCCUCCAUGAGUGGAUUUGCUUCAAAGCUAACUACUGCUAGUUCUAAAGGAUGGACAAAUUUCUCCUCACUUUGGGGAGAACCAAAGACCACAUUGUCAUCUGUAGAUACUAGUCCAGGAGAGAAGUCGAACUUACUCAGUGGAAACUCAUCACCAGACAAAGAUCCAAGUAAAAACCGACUUCUAUCAGAAGAUGAUGAUGAUAAUUGGGGCUGGGGCAACGAGUGGGAAAGUAAAGAUGGGAAAGGUUCCUCAAGGAAAUCUGAAGAUUCUUCUUCAGGGUUUGAUUCAAAGAAAGCAGACGAUGACCUUGAGAACUGGCUGAAUGAUGAUGACUCUUUAAUACAAACAUCAAAGUCAAAAUCUAAAGCUAAGAAAAUGGAAGAUGAUUGGGAUAAUUGGGGUGAUAACAGCAAAACAGAAAAAGUAAAAACUGAUAAAAAAUCCUCUAAAGGUAAAACGAGUGAUGGAUGGGAAGACGUGGACUGGAAUGCAGGAUUAAGUUCAAAUGAAAAACAAAAGCAACCAUUGGUUGGAGAUUUAUUGGACCUUAGUGAAGACACCCCUGUAACAACCAAUGGAAAUUCAGGAUGGGAUAAUGAAGUCUGGGCUAAUGAAGAAGAAGAAGAUGAGUGGCAAAGCUUAGAUAUAGGUUCAUCAGAUAAUAGGAAACUGAAAUAACUAACACAGUAUAGACAUUAUGUGUUCAUAUCUUAACUUAAAUUACAUGAAUCCAUUGAAAUAAUUACCAAAUAUUGUAUUUCAUAGUUUAGUGAGAUUCAAGCACCACACUAACUUUUAAAUGUAACAAAAAUAUCUUGAAAAAAAUGUAAUACAAGGAAUUUUGAAAGUUAACCAGAAUAUUAAGAGUCGAAGUCUUAAUUUAAAAACUACUGGCAGGUGCUAUUACAAUUAGUGUUAUACAAAAAGAAGACAUAUCCCUACAAAGGUUAAUAAUUGAAGUAGUCUGAAUAUUUUAUAAUGGUCAAGAAUUUUAUACAUUCUUGAUAAUAUUUGAAAUAUUCCUUAAACAUUGGAUUUAUUUGAAACUGUCUUGUGCAAUUAAUUUUUGCAGAAACAAAUAUUAUAAGGCAUGAGAUUGCUUGUUGUUUGGCAGUUCCUUUUUAGAAAAGCAAAAUAUUUAUUGUAUAAAAGUUGUAAGACAUUUUUAGCAUAGUUCUAAUUUUUUCAUCAGUAUUUUUUUCAGUGUAUAUUUAUUUUAUUGUAUAGUAUAUACAUGUGUAUGCCAAAAGCUAUGAAGCAUGUAAAUAUGAUGUAAUAUUUACUGAAUCCAAAUCUAUGUUUACUCUGGGAGUAUGUUGAUAUCUUUUCUGAUUUAGCAGAUGUAUUGAGAUUGCUGUUGAAAUAUACCGGUCAUGCAGUAAGAUGUUAUCAAAUGUUUUAUUAAGCGCAAGUGAUAUGUUAUUAAGUGAAAUAAAGAAUGUGUUUAGACGUAACAGCUUUGUUUUAUGAUCUGUUGCUUUUGUGUGGAAAAUUGAUUUUACAUAAAAAAUUGUUCAUUGUAAAUUGCAUUUUUGUGAUACUGUUGUAAUUUAUUUUAUUAGGUUGUUCAUGAGUGAAAGUUCACAAGAUUUUAAUGAAUGACCCAGUUUUAGUAAUAUUUUCCUGAUGUCAUUGCUUUUUAAAAAUGUUUUCCAAUUGUCCAGUUUAUCUCCACAUUUCUGCUUUCACUCAUGAAUUAACAGUAAAAAUUUACAGAAUUUUACAUGUACAUGUGGGAACAAAUUACUUUAGAGGCAUACCAAAAAAAUAACAUCUGUCAUUUUCUUCAUUAAUUCAAUACAUACAUUAUAUAUUCAUAUCAAUAUCAUGUAUUUUUAAUAUGAUUGAACCAUCAACAGUUCUUCAACUUUAAAUAUUGUUGAAAUAUUUCCUAUAAAUCUUUCAAAGCUUACAGCAUCAUUUUUAUUUAAAAUAAACUUAUUGCAUAAACUUGAUUUUUUCAGAUAGUCCUGAAAUAAGUUUAAGAACCCUUUAACUUUUACCUCUGAGAUCAAUCACUGAAUAAAGGCUAGACAAUUAUGUUGAAGGGUUAAUUCUAAAACGAAAAUCUAGUGGACAUUACAUGUAAUUGACCAAUCAAAAUCAAGGCAUUUUUAUGAAAAAAUGUGUAUCUUUAUAAUCAAUUAAAUCCUCUAAAACUUCAAAUCCCUGAAAUUUGUUUAAAAUAGUCAAGUGUUUAUGUUGCUUUGAAACAAUCAAAUCCACAGAAAAUUGUAUCUUUGAACAAUUCCAUUUGUACUCUUGAAAUGAAAUUCAUUUAUAUAAAAGUUGCUUUUCAUUUACAAACCUUCAUUGUUUGUAUGUAUGCAUUAUAAGAAAAAGUUAAAGGGGAAUACUUUUCUGUGUCUCAAACUUGUUCAAAUGUAUUGUGGGCAAAUAACAAUAACUGUAGUAGAUAGUAUCCUAAUGUUGCAAAUUGUCAUUAGAUAUUGCUGGUGCAUCUCAUAAUAUUUCAUUUCCAAUUGUUGUUAAUAUGUAUGUUAUAGGGUACUUAUCUGAAGUCAAGUUGUUAAUAAAAUGUAAGCCAGUAUUCAUUUUAAGAUUACACGAUAAAACUUUAAAAGCC